AAAGAAACGAAAAGAAGGAACGUUAGUUUUAUUUAUUUAUUUACUUCGCUGACACUCUAGCUAAAACUGUUUGCAGUCGAAGCCGGACAUAACUUUCUUUUCCCGGCGCCAAUUAUCAUCCCAGCUCUAGAAUGCUGUUUUGGUGAUAAUAGCGAAGCUGGGAAGUCUGAGUAUUAGAAAUCUCGCGGAGGAUGAGGAGCCAAAGCAGUUACAUGCCGCCUCCUUAUGUUCCAUUGGACCAGUCAGAUCCCGCAGUAGACAUUACUCCGAGCAAUGAUGGGGGUUCUCUUCAAGAUCGCAUGAGUAAUGUACCAGUACAGUGGUCUUCCGGAAUCUGUGCUUGUUGCGAUGAUAUGCAGAGCUGUUGUGUAGGCCUUGUCUGCCCUUGCUUUCUAUUUGGAAAGAAUGCAGAGUUUUUGGGAUCUGGAGCUGCAACAGGAUCAUGCAUGACCCAUCUUAUUUUGUGGUCACUGGUCAACACUGUUUUCUGCCUGUUAACCGAGGGAAUUCUAUUGGGUUUACCUGGCUGUUUCAUUGCAUGUUACGCUUGUGGCUAUCGCAGGGAGCUGCGAACCAGGUAUAACUUGCAGGAAGCACCAUGUGGAGACUUUGUAACUCACUUUUUUUGCCAUCUGUGUGCCUUGUGUCAAGAAUACAGAGAAAUUCGAGAAAGAUCUGGCAGUUCUUACUCCCCUGAUCUAUCUCUGGUGGAAGUCACAGCUCCGCAAGUCCAGACAAUGGAACCGGCAUCUACAGCUUAGUGUUCAUACAUAUAUCAUCCUCUUACUGGCAGAUCUAAGCAUAACUUCAUGAUAAAAUGAAACUGUUUUACUUCAUAUGGCAACAGACAAGCUAUUAGAGAGAGAUCUGAAAUUUGACUUUGUUUAUACAAGUCAUUAGAAAUAUUAUAUUUUGUAACCAGUACUGCUUCUGAGCACCUUAUGUAACUAUUAUACCAAUAUUGAACAUUAAUAUGAAUUGUUACCUUGCAA